AAGGUAAUUGAAACCUACCCUAAGCUCCUUUUAUCUCCACUCUAGAGGUAACCCCGAUUAUUGCUGACUUAAGCAUCGGAGUGUCUACCCCGAGGUCCACCUCGGGGCUUUGCAGGUCAUUCCGAAGUGCAGUUGCGGAUUGUAGAAGGACUUCUGGUUCGUUGCAAUUACAUUGGCACCGUCUGUGGGAAACGAAUUAAAAGUUUUCUAGUUGCUCUUCCAUCAUGGUCCACACUCGAUCAGUCAGAGGUGGUAAUUCAUCUCUGCCUCAUGGGCAGGGUCAACCCCCCAACAACCUUCCACCUCUGAUCCCAACUCAGCUUCCACCUCAGCUUCCACCUCAGCUUCCACCUCAGGUCCCAGUUAUUUUCCCUCCUGUUGAUCAUGCAGAAGGAGGAGAUGAAAAUCAACCUCAUGCCUCAGCUCAUAAUUCAACUUCCACUGCCAAUCAAGACGUAGUGACAGCUCAGCUUGCUGCCAUGCAGCAGCAGUUUGGUGUUUUUCAGUUGGUACUGGCUUAGCUUUUGGCUAGAAAUAAUCCUGGUGAUCCCUU